AGGACCAUGGGCACUUUGCGGGAUUUACAGUACGCGCUGCAGGAGAAGAUCGAGGAGCUGCGGCAGCGGGAUGCGCUCAUCGACGAGCUGGAGCUGGAGUUGGACCAGAAGGACGAACUGAUCCAGAAGCUGCAGAACGAGCUGGACAAGUACCGCUCGGUGAUCCGGCCCGCCACGCAGCAGGCGCAGCAGCAGAGCGCCGGCACCUUGCAGGGCGAGCAGCGGACCAAGCGCCAGGCGAUCUCGGCCGAGCCCACCGCCUUCGAUAUCCAGGAUCUCAGCCACGUCACCCUCCCCUUCUACCCCAAGAGCCCGCAGUCCAAGGAGCUAAUAAAGGAAGCGAUCCUUGACAAUGACUUCAUGAAGAACCUGGAAUUGUCCCAGAUCCAGGAGAUUGUGGAUUGUAUGUACCCCGUGGAGUAUGGCAAGGACAGCUGCAUCAUCAAGGAGGGAGAUGUGGGUUCCCUGGUCUACGUCAUGGAAGAUGGGAAGGUUGAAGUGACAAAAGAAGGAGUUAAGCUCUGCACCAUGGGACCUGGCAAAGUUUUUGGGGAGUUAGCCAUCCUCUACAACUGCACCCGGACAGCCACUGUCAAAACUCUCGUAAAUGUGAAACUUUGGGCUAUUGAUCGGCAAUGUUUUCAAACAAUAAUGAUGAGGACUGGCCUCAUCAAGCAUACUGAGUAUAUGGAAUUUUUGAAAAGCGUUCCCACAUUCCAGAGCCUUCCAGAGGAGAUCCUCAGUAAGCUUGCAGAUGUCCUGGAAGAGACUCACUACGAGAGUGGAGAGUACAUCAUCCGCCAAGGGGCUCGAGGAGACACCUUCUUUAUAAUCAGCAAAGGAAAGGUGAACGUUACCCGGGAGGACUCUCCCAGUGAAGAUCCCGUCUUUCUCCGCACUCUGGGGAAGGGGGAUUGGUUUGGAGAAAAAGCCCUCCAAGGGGAAGAUGUCAGAACUGCCAACGUCAUCGCAGCUGAAGCGGUCACUUGUCUGGUCAUAGACAGAGACUCCUUCAAGCACCUGAUUGGGGGCCUGGAUGAUGUCUCCAACAAAGCCUAUGAGGAUGCAGAAGCAAAAGCAAAAUACGAAGCCGAAGCUGCCUUCUUUGCCAACCUGAAACUGUCGGAUUUCAACAUCAUCGACACCCUGGGAGUCGGAGGCUUCGGCAGAGUGGAGCUGGUGCAGCUGAAGAGCGAGGAGGCCAAGACGUUCGCCAUGAAGAUCCUGAAGAAGCGGCACAUCGUGGACACGCGGCAGCAGGAGCACAUCCGCUCCGAGAAGCAGAUCAUGCAGAGCGCCCACUCCGACUUCAUCGUCAGGCUCUACAGGACGUUCAAGGACAGCAAGUACCUGUACAUGCUGAUGGAGGCCUGCCUGGGGGGAGAGCUCUGGACAAUUCUCAGGGACAGGGGUUCAUUCGAGGAUUCCACGACCAGGUUUUACACGGCGUGUGUGGUGGAAGCCUUUGCCUACUUGCAUUCCAAAGGGAUCAUUUAUAGGGACCUCAAGCCAGAGAACCUCAUUCUGGAUCACCGAGGUUAUGCCAAGCUGGUCGAUUUUGGCUUUGCAAAGAAAAUAGGAUUUGGAAAGAAAACAUGGACUUUUUGUGGCACCCCAGAGUACGUAGCCCCCGAGAUCAUCCUGAACAAAGGUCACGACAUUUCGGCAGACUACUGGUCCCUGGGAAUCCUGAUGUAUGAGCUCCUGACUGGCAGUCCCCCUUUCUCAGGCCCAGACCCCAUGAAGACCUAUAACAUCAUAUUAAGGGGAAUAGACAUGAUCGAAUUUCCAAAGAAGAUUGCCAAAAAUGCUGCUAAUUUAAUUAAAAAACUAUGCAGGGACAAUCCAUCAGAAAGAUUAGGGAAUUUGAAAAAUGGAGUGAAAGAUAUCCAAAAGCACAAAUGGUUUGAAGGCUUUAACUGGGAAGGGUUGCGGAAAGGGACGCUGACACCUCCCAUCAUCCCAAGUGUCGCGUCUCCCACGGACACGAGCAACUUCGACAGCUUCCCAGAGGACAGUGAUGAGCCACCCCCUGACGACAACUCAGGAUGGGACGUAGAUUUUUAAUGUUAUUUCUCUUACCUGCUUCUGCCUUGCUGAGGACAGCUUUUCCUGGGACGUGGCUGCCAGCGGAACGGGAAGACCGGGACUGGGGAGGAUUCGUGCUCGGGGUCACCAUGAUGCCUUGAUUGAUGCUGCUCCAGUAACUCCAGUGGCAUUAGGACUUCUUGCUUAGUGACAGUAGUGCUCUCCAUGUUUUCUGUUGGAACGUGACCUGGCUGGGCACGGUGGUCCUGACACAGCGCCUUUCUCCGGCACAGAACUCCUCCUCUGCCGCCACGGAGGUCCUGGCACACUCCUGAAUAGCAGAGUGAGAGAUCCGUAGAGUAAGAGGCACUUAAUUCCAGCUGCUUUUUCCCUAGGAUCAGUAGUAAGUCAUGAAGUGCUGCAGCUCCUCCAGUGCAGGAUUUGGGCUGUCCCCACCCUGAGCUCCGCGGGCGGCGCCGGAGCCCAGGAGGAGCGAAGCGCUCCCGUCACAGCAGUGGGGAAUGUGUCCCUGUCCUUCCCUAGCAGUAUUCCCCACGAGACUGAAUGUUCCCUUUCCUCUUUCUUUUGGAAACAAUUUGGCUCAGCCUGGUCAAACAAAAGCACAACUGCUGCAGAUGCUGUCAAGGCAGAGUUGGGUCGCUUCCCUCACGUGGCAGCACCACCUUUGGGCUUCGGUUCUCCUUUCCAUUGGUACCAACACAUGCAUGGAAAGAGAAAAUCCUGGAAUUAAUCCAUUGUACAUCCAUUGAUCCAUUUCACAGUGCUCCAGUCACUGCCCUGAGCAAAGCAACAGCAGCCCACCAGUCUGAUUAGGAAUGAAAUUAAGGAUAACUUUGACCUUUUGAGGCCCAGAGGGAAAAACACGUGAUGUCCUUUCAAGGUGCUACAUCCAUCCCUCACCUGGGAAGAAACCUGUCCCUGAACCAUCCUGCCAGGAAUAUGUAGCAGAGGCUCUGUUCUCCCUUUUGAUGAUUCCAGGUCUCCAUGUCUGCACCUCUUCCGUGUUUAAAGAAUCUCAUUAAAAUAGAAAUCCUGGGCCAGUCUGCUGGCUCUGGUGGAACGUUGCCAGUAAUCCUGAUGCCUCUCCAGGCUCCACAGGAAAGUCAGUGGAAUUCAAGGGGAAAUGGAUAUUGGAAGAUCCCUGUGAGGUCUCCAGCAUGCCAGGUCCACGUGAUUGUGUUUAACACAGGGAUGGCCAAAUCCCUAUGGAAAAAAGAACUGGGGAAAACAAAAUCAUCAGUAUAUGCUUUUCCCUCACUUCUACUGCUUUUCCUUUGCUCAAAUUCCUUCCUCUGGUUUAUAGGAUGCAGCAGGAGGAUCCUGUCCUGGGUGCCCAUUUGUUGCAUGUACCCAGGACUAAAAGUUUAUCCCAUUAUCCAACAGGAAGCAUCAGCUUUGGGUCUUAAUUGGAGACCUUGCCCCAAAAAAUUACAGAAUCAUGGAAUGGUUUGG